AUCCUGAUUUUGUUUGCACUGGUCGAUCUUUUAAACAGAGUCAAAGUACAGCUGCAGCUCAGACUAUAUUUGUGUGUGCCGCCUAUUGCCAGUAGCAGACACGCUUGAAUUGAUGAACAAAACAAGAUGGCCAAGCUGUGGGUUCCUUUUCUGCUGUUGGCCUCGAUGCACCUGACCUCGUGCGCGAGCAUUGACAACUGCGAUCAACAGCCAAGCUCAAGCGCUCCAGCUAACCUCCAUCCCGCCUCGGAAAACAAGUAUCCAGAACAGCCCCCCCAAAAAACAGCUCUGAGCCCGUCAUCUGACUUUUGGAAAGAAGCACGGGAUGCCCCGUCGGCAGACUUUGAUGAAACAAACUUGGAAUGGGAGCGGUGGGACGGCACCAUCCCUGAUGGCGCCGUGUCCAUCUACAACUCAUAUUCCAGCCGCGUAGAUUACAUAUGCAAAGUGAGCUGCCAUUCGGGCUACUACGACUCCACGCUCAGCACCGCUGCCUGCGCCUACACCGCCAAUGGGGCGGGGUACACCGCCGAGCAGUUUGACAUGCUGGUCAACAAAGACGAAUUUGAGAUUCUGCGGUGGAAAAACGGCUACGGUGGCUCAGUGACGCCCAAUUCUAUUAAGACCUGCGUCAACGAAGAUACGUACGUGGGGAAGAACGAGUAUGGACUGGGAGAAGUGAAAGUCAGCGAAAAGGUAUUCUACUUACCCUGGGGUGGAAGUCAUUAUUGGUACAAUGAUUACCAGGUCCUGGAGACUAUGAAAGACGUUAAGAGAGAGCACCUGAUGGAAGUCAAAUACCAUACAGAGGGCAUCACGCCCAUUGAGUAUCCCCCUGAGGUCUUGAACAAGGCCACAUUAGUAAAUAGUGAGUGCAAGCCCAUUAAGAAUGAGAUCACCCUAACCAAGACUGUUGCAACAACACGAAAGUGGGACAUUAACUUCUCCGUCACGGUGGGAGUCGGCAUCACCAUCGAGACGGGAAUCCCCUUCAUAGUCAAAGGGAACAUUGACUUCAAGGCCGCCUUCACUUAUAGGUUAACCAAAGAGACUACCUAUACUGACACCACCACCCACACUCUGACGCUGGAAACUCGGGUGCCCCCCGGCCACUCGUGUACCGUCAAAAUGCAGGGCAAGAAAUACGGAUUGGAUAUCCCGUACACGGCACGCCUCAAACGCGUUUACCGCAACGGUGAGACCAAGUGGACUACCGUCACCGGGACCUUCAAGGGACUCCAGAUCUCGGAGGUUGAAGCUGAAAUGGAACGCUGUGAAUUAUUGCCAGAUGUCAAGCCUUGUUAAGACCUUCCAUUAUUUGUGAAACUGAAAUAAAAAUAACAUUCACACAAGAA